AUGCACCCAUCACCUCCCUCCGCGGCGUACUGUCCACACAGCAAAAUAAUCUACACUCCCUCCCCCCACGCGCCGCAAGUUGGAUACACACAGCCCUCCCUAGAAACCCGACAAGAUGCAAUGGGCCCAGCCCCAGCCCCAUCUUUCUUAUCAUCGUCGUCCUCAUCCCAAAAGCAAAAAUCUAAUUCCAGUGCACUCCGCCCCGACCAACUACGAACAGACCUAGAAAACUUCCCCGCCCCACUGGUCCUCCCAGACGACGACCUCGCGCUGGACCCUGAGUACCCACCGCAGUCGUUUCAGGAGUGGGUUGAUGAGGAGGAACGAAAUGGGCUUACGGCGAGGAGGAGGACGGUUUAUGUGCUUGGGCCGCCGGGGGGUGAUGGUGAUGGUGAUGGUGAUGGUGACUCUUCGAGUGUGGGUGUGGAAGUGGCAUCGUGGACGAGGCCGCAAAAAACAGGCUCCAAGUCAGAGCCGGACAUGAUUGCGUUUGCUGAGACGCAGGAUGUUGUUGAGUAUCUAAGUGCCUUUUAUCACGGGCUCCCUGUUAAACAACUGACCCUGGCAAACUGGAAGUUUACCUCUUGGGACGAGCCAAAACCAGGCGCAACCAAGCGCUCGACCACAACCAAACGCCGAAAGACUGCGAAAACCCCCCAGUCCAUCGGCCUAGCAACUCCCACAGAAUGCAUCCGCAUCCGCACCCGCCCCUGCCCCGACAGCGUCUACAGCCACCAACUCAACCUCGACGACCUCCUCGACGCGGCAAUCAGCAUCCUACCCAAGGACGCGUAUGCGCUGUGUAUGCUCGUGCACCACGACCUGUUUGAGGAUGAUGACGAUACCUUCGUCUGCGGGAGGGCGUAUGGCGGGAGUCGUGUUGCCGUUGUUUCGACGGCGAGGUAUCAUCCAGGGCUUGAUGGAAUCCAGGGAAUUCAGGAGGGGCAUGCGUGGCCUGCGGCGCAUUGUCAAGCGUAUGUCGAGGAUACGUGCCGGGCGGCAGGAGCUGUGGGGAAGAAGAGGAAGAAGGGCAGUUCGGCAUCUCACCCGCAAGCAUCCAGAAACCCCAAUGGGGCGAAUAGACUGCUCGAAGCAGCUCUUGCCGCCUACACCAACCCCACCAACACGAAUACCUCGUCCACCGGACUAAAUCCAGAGGACGGGACACCCCUCUGGCUCUUCCGUACCGCCCGGACAAUCAGCCACGAACUUGGCCACUGUUUCGGCAUUGACCACUGCGUCUACUACGCGUGCAUCAUGCAAGGGAGCGCCUCGCUGUCCGAGGACACGCGGCAGCCGCCGUACUUGUGUCCGGUGGAUCUGGCGAAAGUGCUGGCGGCGACGGGGGCAAGUGUCGUUGAGCGGGAUAGAGCUUUGUUGAGGUUCUGUGAGAGGGAAGGGUGGAGGGAUGACCCGGGGUUUAGGGCGUUUGCGGCCUGGCUGAGAGCGUCGUUGGAAUUGCUGGAAGUGGGAGUUGAAGGUUGCGAGGGUAGGGAUGAGGGUGGGGAGGUGGACAAGAAGAGUCGGAGUGGUACUGGGAGUGCUCUAAUCACGGAGAGCUGGAAGAGGAUAUGGGAGGACUUGGAUGAUGAGUAG